GUAUUGUGUCGUGUGUGGUGCUCGCGUGUAAUACUUUAAAACUUGCCAUGACUUCUUGGUCCAAAGAAAAUACACUGCAUUUUUUUAGAGGCAGUGCGCAGGCGUCCCUGUAUAUGGGAUGUGAAACUAGGAGACUAUAAGAACACUCAGAAAAGGUACGACGAGUGGGAGGAAAUUGCUAAGGCAUUUAACAUGUCAAGGAAGGAAUGCGAGGACAAGUGGCAUAAUUUAAAAAGCCAAUAUAGUCGCGAGUUAGCGAAAAGGAAGAGCAGCAAAGGAACUGGAAGUGCUACAAGCAAUGUGUACUAUUCUACAUGGUAUGCUUUUGAAAGUAUGCAGUUCAUAAGAGACAAUUACAAACCACUCUCUCAUAGGAGCACACAUGAAGUAGUACCAAUGUAUACACCAGAUUUAUGGUACUUUCAUAGGUUAGAAUUUCUGCAAGAACACUACAUCCUCGCAAUAGCCUGGCAACACCAUUAUCGUCGUCAUCCUCACCAUCAACUGAAAACAGUUAUAGUUUUCAGGUGGAUGAAAGCUCAGUCGACAAUAAUGCUGUGCGAGCUUCCACACAUGAAGUGAUGGUGGAGAAUGAUAGACUUCAGUGAAGAAACUGAAGUAAUAGGUGAAGUACUUUCGCCAGCAACUACAUUGAGUAUAGCACAGAGUGGUGCAGCAAGUAAUUCUACACAAAAAAAAAAGAGGAAAUGGAGUGAGGAAGGGAGCUAUUCAAGUGCUCUUCAAUUAAUAGCUGAAAGAUUACAGACUAAUAGUGAUGAUGAUGUUGACACAUUUGUGAAAUAUUUGGCCACUGAGAUGAAGGCCAUUAGAAGUCACGAAACAAGAAUGUUAGUUAAACAACAAAUUCUCCAACUCUUGUAUGAGGCUGUUCUCAAUCAA